UUAAAUAUCACAUAGUGAGUGGAUGCAUGGGAAAGUUUUUGCAUUGUUAAUUAUUAUUUUUAUUCACGCUAAUGAUAAAAAAGAAGCAAAGUAUCGUUAACGCCUGAAGAUAUUGAAAACGAAUGAUUUCGGGACUUCACCACUACAUAAGUAUUGAUUAAGAAGCAAAUAGCUAGUGUAAUGGACGAAGAAGAACCUCAAGAGAACCGAUACGAAGCAGUUUGGAACCGGGUUAAGGUCUACAUACCCUUCCUCCAGGAGUUGAUCAGUCGUUACAGAAAUGACACGCAACAAAACCGACAGCAGCAGCUCCAAAAAAUCACCACUAUGUACGAUCUACUUACCAACCAAAGAUUAAAUUAUGCGUCGUUGUGUAAAUGUGAAAACGUGCUCAUCAAACUCUAUGAAACAAACUCUAUGAAGAAGAAACCGAUUGAUGAGACUUCGUCCUCGGGUGUAGGUAAUUCCAACAAGUCUGUACCAGAAGUUGAAUUGGAAACACCUGCAUCACCAUGUGAAGAGAUUCCUUCGAAUGAACCGGAAAAUUCAUCGGAGCUUCCCCAACUUACAGAAUCUCGUCCAACGGACAUAGAAGAUUCUAGAAAUAAACCUCCAUUAACGCUAGAUGAAAUACAGAGAUUGAUUAUGGAAAAAGCUGGACCCAGUUCUGUUCGCUCAGAUAGUGGAAAUAAUUUGUCUAAAGCUAUCAAUGAUACACUGAAAAUUUUGUCGAAAGAUUUCCAACGUGAGGAUAACACUCGUUCGAAUACAACAGAUAGUUCGAAUGGAAGGAAUUGGGCUCGAACAAACGUUCCACACUCUCCGACAUACCCUCCACAUCUGCCUCCUCCAGGCAUGUCGAAUCCCUCAUUUGAGGUCGACAACUGGGAUUCAGAAAGUGAUUUUUUCGGUAGUUUCCCACAUCCAGUUAGUCAUUCAUAUCAUAACGCACAUGGUAGAAGCUACAACAAUAUUGAACCACCGCGCCCCCAAUCGCCACCAUUAUAUCGCCGUCGUGAUAAUUUUCCUGUGGACAGUGUGCGUUUCAGUGAUGAUCGCAUGGAUGUUUCUCCUUUGUAUUCGUUAUCGCCUGAUGUACGGUCACCUCCUUCUAGCAUGGUAUCUAUGAAUAUGAAGGAUCCACGUUUAAGGAAACCUACUGUCAGCAGUAACGAUCCUCGAUUAAAUCGCAGUAACACCAUACAACAACAAACAGCGCCUGGUCAAAUACCGAAUGAAUUACCAAAAUGUGUUGCUCCAAAUCCCAACCUUCCAUUGGAGUUGCCGAAAAAAGAUCCUCCGAAACGUCGUCUGAGUAUAUGUGCAAACCAAGUGAUCAUUGAAGAAAUCCCUCCUGAACCUGUUAUUCGUCGUCCCAGUGUAUCGGGUGAAUUCUCAUCUAGUGGUUUCGAAGAACCGUUCCACGGUUCGAAUUUCUUUCCGCCGUCUGGUCCGGUUCAACCAGUUCCAAAUUCUUACAAUGAAUCAUUCCACGGAACAAACUUCCUACCGAUGCCGACACAAGUCCACCAAAUUCCUCCACUGUAUCCUUCAUCCGUACAACAAAUUCCCCCGCUAAUGCCACACCAUUCAAAUGAUAAUACUUCUUUUGCCGAACGUGAUCCACGCCGUAAACAUCUACAACAUGGCUUGGAGUACAACCAUCAACACGCAAAUUACAACCAACCGAUACCUGCAAGAUUUGAUCGCCCUGCAGCCUUACCAAAGAAAGCACCUCUCACCUAUCUUGAAUAUCGUCGUCAGAAAGAAUUGCGGGAGAAACAAUCGGCAAAGCCAAAUAAAGCGAUAGCAGAUACAGCUAAGCAGUCAAAUCCGGAACUUGACAUCACGAUUGGGAUGGUUCCAAAUAAGACCCGAGUGGCUGCCAAGGCGUAUGCAAAACCGGCUAAGUUUAAAGAUCAGUCGAACAAGGAGCGACAGUUUGGACCAUCUAUCAAGGAAAAAACUAAAACGGAAACAAAAAAUCCACCCACAACAAAGUCGCAGAGAAAUGAUCACCCAGUAGCAGCCAGUAAGAUAGACAAAAAACGUGAAGUGUCCGAGAAAGAAAAGCAAUCUACAACAUCCAAAACCAAAGAUCUUUUUGGACAUCAGCUUUCUCAGUUUGAUAAAAUGUAUCGCAGCGGAGAUUUUUCCAAGAAAGCGUCCUCGACAUCCGGAAUUGGAGGUUUUAAAAUUCCAAAAAUCAAGCGUGUGGAAAAGUUCGGCAAUACUGCGAUGAAUACUGAAAAAGCAGAAGAACACAAGAAUGAGCAAUGCACCGAUCAGUCGUCUAGUAAAUCGCCUGAACUUCCAAAGAGUAACAUCACGGAUAAUGAUUUAUGGGAUGCAGAUGAUGGAGCGAAUACUGUUUCCCAUAUUGAAACGAAAUCAGUUGAAGAUUCCACAAUAAAACCACUGAAGAACGAUAAACAUCAAAGUAAAUCACCAAAACGAACAGAGAAUUCAUUGAAAACACUCGAAGAUGAUGAUCUUUGGGAUACUGAAGUUUCUGCACCGCUUCCAACUAAUGCUGUACCAUCGACGGAUGUAGAAAAAAUAGUCAACAUGGAGAGCAAAGUAAACGUUGAAUUUAAAGUGCCUGUUUCAGCCGCUUUGCGUCGGACAACGCGACGUAGGAAUUCUGUUGCUUCGCAAGCAUCGUCUCCAGUUUCAGUAUGCGAGUCGAAUCGUAUAAUCAAAAGACGCAAUUCAAUUGCUGUUUUCCAACUAGAUAGUGAUAAUGCAGAAGGAACUGUGAAUAGCUUCAAACAAACGCAUGCAGAGCAAAAGCCAACCGCAAACAAUGAUAUCGAGGAAGAUAUCAUUCGUCCCCGUAGAGGUAAAGCGCGAAAAGCGAUAAUCGAUGAUGACGAUGAGGAUGAGGUAACUCCGAAUAGAAUCGGCGCAGAAAAUUCGACAAAGAAAAAUGCGCCUACACAUGUUGCGAAAAAAGCUAAAAAGAAUAAUGCCGGGGAAAUUUCAGCGACAAAUGAAAUUGCAAUGAAAUCUGUCGAAGAGGAGAACAAUGAAAAUGUGGUUUCUAGUACCACAAAUGAGUCAAAAACAUCGAAACCUGCAAGAAAACGUAAGGCUAAAGACAAGAAACAUGUACCUUCGACAAGUGAAGAUGAUUCUAAAAAUGAUGCGAAAAAAGAUAUUUCUCUAUCGGGACAGGAGCUAUUUAAAGGAACAGAAUCGAAAACUUCUGUCGAAGCAGUUGAAAAAGCUAAAGCAGAAAGAAGUGAUACCGAGAAAGAGUCGAAAAAAGAAAAGGACAAUAUUGAAAUGGUGGAAAAUUUGAUGAAUAACUCUGCAAGUCCGGAUAAUAAAGCUCAAUUGCUGGCUAUACUGAGUAAAAUGCUUGACGAAAAGAAGUUGAAAAAAGUUCAAGAGAUCAUCGAAAGCCCUAGCGAUAAAAGUAUAACAGGUGGGGAAGAAGAGGAAAAGUCCAGCAAUAAAAGUAUCGAAAACGAACAAAAGGAUACAGAAAUUAGUCGAGAACGCACCACAUCAGCUUCUGUAAGCUCAACUAAUGAAGUUACCGAGAAAGAUAAACCGAUGGGAAAACGCAAAAACCUACCAAAACGAUCCGAGCUGGACAAACUCAACGCGGAUAUUGCCGAGAUGUAUAUUAGAGACGGUGUACUCAAUGCAACAGGAAGAAGAAGUUGCACUAAGAAGCCGGACACUCCUACUAGGAAGAAAAGUCCAACCAGAAAGAAGAAACAGUUGAAAACUGUACCAAAGAAGGCAGCUCCAUCCGUCUUAGAUGUGAACUCUUUUUGUGAACCCAAACUGAAGAAAUUUAAUAUCGUUGUUCAGAAACUUUCUUUGAAUUCUGAAAUCGAUACAUAUCUUAAACGUAAACGAAAGCUUGCCGAAGAAAGCGGUGAUUCUUCGGAGGAACGGGAUGAUGUUGUGUCCGUAGCUUCCUCUAUUUCACCGAAAAGUAAGAAGAAAAAACGAAGUAACUGGGCAGCUGGUGUUGUACCUAAAAAGAAGAAAAAAAUCGAGACAAUUAUCAGCGUGCUCCCUCCAUCUUCCCCAGUAAAAAUAUACUCUCCGAAACCUGUGACGAAGAAUAUAAAUCGGGAGCUUAACUGCAAAAAUGAGACAAAAUCCAAAGAAUGUGCAUUAUGUUCCUACACUGGCACAUUAUCUACAAUGGUGGCACAUUACGUUCGAAAUCAUCCUCUUCAUGAAGUGUACGUUAGCCGCAUUCCAAACUCAACCGCGGCCAAAAUUAAAAAGGAUCCUAUUGUAGUAACCGGUUGUAUGAAUGAUCAAAGCAUAACAUUCCAGUGUGUAUUUUGUCAAGAAGUACUGACAAAAAAGAAAUACAACUGGAAAUUACAUUUGGCUAGCCAUACAGGCGAAUAUCGAUACAAGUGUACCAACUGCACCAUCAAAUCUUUGACACCAUGUACGAAAUCCCACGACCCUGAUUGUUUUGGUCCCUCAAUGGAAGUCAUCAACGAAUUUCUUUUCGAAGAAAAUCACAUCUACGGUUAUAUGUGCCGUCUGUGUAAUUAUGUCCAAAUCUCGCGCACGAAACUGAUUGCUCAUUUAAAAGAAGAACAUAAUAGAAUGAUCGCUACACACGGUACACUUCAAUUCAGCAUACUAAAUUAUGAUCCUAAUGAUAGUUCCAGUUCUCAUGAGACAUUAGCAUCGGAUAUCUCCAUGCCAGAGUUGACCCCACAGACUACCUGCCCACAGAGCAAUAUGUCGGCAUUCAUUUCUAGUGCUAAUGACGAUAUAGAGUCGUUGCAAGUGUUGAAUGAUCGUAGUUUUGUUUCACCCUCAAAACCAUCAAUUAUUGAUAAACUCAAAAAGAAUUUGGAUGAGAUCAUGCGAAACGAUAACAGCAAAGAACGACCGGUAGGAGACGAUGAUGAAUGGGAAGAUAUCAACUCACAAACAAAUUUUGUUCCUACGGGCAAGGUUCCGACGAAGGAGAAAUCUCAACGUGCUACAUCAGCAGGUGAAGAUGUUCCAAUGCCGACUCCUUUACCGUUAAAAGAGGAGCAGAUCGACUUAUUCGAAGGCAAGCAAUUAGUAGCCAAUAUGGCUUAUAAUAAGAGUAAAGAUUCAACAUGGUACCUUUGUAUGGUUACUGAUUGUAAAUAUGCCACAGAAGCGCGAUCUGACAUGUAUCGUCACGUUGAAAGGUUACAUGGUGAUGUCUCAUGGGAUGGUUAUUGCUACUUAUGUACGGCUCAGGUUGUCAACGAUGAAACCAGUGAGUUAGCAAAAGAAAUCAAACAUAUGGCCGUUGUUCAUAUAAAGGAUCACACCGCUGUUGAUGAAUUACUGAGUUCGUCAUCUGCUAGUAUUGAUACAUCUUCCUUCGAAGACGGUCACACAAUUAAACUUCGUCGAUUUUCAGGUGACAAGCUUUCCAUUGGUACAGCAGGCGACGAUGUGACAGAACAAAUAAAACUCAAACCAUGGCUUGAAGAAUCUUGUGCGAAGAAUCGCGACCACUGCCUCAACAUGCUAGAACCGAAAAGUUUGUUUUGUUUCUUCAAAUGCAUGGGAGUCACCUGCUGUUUCACGACCACAUUUGAAGCUCAGAUGAAUAAACACUUGGAUAACCACGAACUGGUUGCGGAUGUCUCUGAACUAAAUUCGACAAAAUCUUGGCUCGAGUGUGCAUACUGUGCACACCGGGCGGGAAAUAAGUCCGAUUUGAUGAAACAUCUACAUAUUGUUCACUCCAAAAGUGCGCAUCAAUGUGCUUACUGUUUCUAUCGUUGCCGAGAUGCAUAUAGCAUUGUUCUUCAUCAAAAAUUGCACCACGAAAAAAAGAAACCACAGAUUCUGCUAAUACCAUCCGAAAAGCAAAUUCUUACUGCUGCCGACCACGAACUAUUGAAUAGACGACGGAUUGAAAAUAUUUUGCCGCUAAUUUGUACAGCGUGCAAGGCGGAGUAUUGCGGCCUCGACGCGUAUAUGACCCACCUGAAGAUAGACCAUGCUGAUCUUACGACGAUUUCAUGUCAGUGUUGCGGCGAAAAUAUGUUGAAACCAAAAAUGCCACGUCAUCUGUUAAUCCAUAAAAUAGGCAUCUAUGAAUGCAUGUAUUGCCAGUUUGGUAGCAACACAAUGGAAGCAGUGCAAACUCACGUAUGCAAUCGACAUCCGGAAGAACCGUUUUAUUGUUGUGUGCGUUACAAUAAGACACCUGGAAAGGCUAAGGAAGCAUCGCUUAAAUCACUCUGUGAGGCACCUGUCGAUGAUGAAGUAUUCGUUUUUUGUCAGUUUAGAACGGAGGAGUUGAAUUAUAAAUCCCCGGAUACUAAGAGCAACCGUGAAAUCAAUUUCACUGAUAAGCCCCAAGUGAUACCACUUCAAUUGCCACCGAUCCGGGUUGGUGAUACGAAUAUUCUUCUGAGUGCUCAGAUUCCAUCCACAUCUACACCAGAAAGCGUUCGUCAAACGGUUGUCGUCAACAAAACCAGCGCUGGAAUAAUUAAAAUGCCUACAAUGUCAUCCGUUUCCGGCGGAAUUGUAAUUGCAGGUACGUCUUCGGUACCCAUAAUCACCGCUGUGCAGGGAAACUACCAGGAACCAACAACAGUUGUAACAGCUUCCCAGAGUCUACCCGUCAUUUCGCAUGUAACUGGUGGUAUUUCGGCUUCGAAGCAAUCUGGUAUGCCAGUAAUCACCCGAGUUGAAGGUGGUGUCGUUGGAAUGGCAACGAUCAAACCAGCCUCUUCUCUUGUGGGUGCUAAAAUUAUAAUCUCACCGAAUAAAGGCGCUGGUGUACCAAUAAUAACGAACGUUUGCAGUAUUGGUGCACCUUCCCAACCAGUUCGUACAGCUUCAGAAGACGAAGCAUUAAUGUUAGAAGCGGAACGUGUCGCGAUGGAAAUGAUUAAGGAUACAGGGUUACCGAAAACUGUUAUCUACAAGUGUAUCUUCAAAGGAUGCAACUCAGUCCUACCGGAUGGAACUGGUAUGCGCAAACAUCUUACUUUUUCGCAUAUGCCUUCGAACUUGUACACGUGCGCACACUGCAAAGGAAAACCUGCAUUUCCGAAUGUGAUGGCAUUUACACAACACUUGAAAACGCACGAAGCACAGAGGAUCUUUUGUUUUAUGUGUGAUUACAAAGGAUCAUUCCCGCCGGAAGUUAUUAAACAUGUUAAAGAUAUUCACAAAACGAACAAACCUACUAUACUGUUCUUGAACCCCAAAAAGAAUGAUCCAAACAAUGACAUAAUAUUGUUCGCACCAGGCCAACCAGCAGAGUCUGAAAAGAAAGCAUUCUACAAAAAGCUCAUCGAUAUUUACAACCACAAGCUGCAGGCAGCAUUAAAUCAGCAAAAGACCCAUUUCGCUCCGGAAGAAUGCGAAAACCUUCCGAAACAAGCCAUAUUUAGUCAAAUGGUAUACUGCACCAAGUGUCAGUACAGUACCAAGGUUCGGUUGAAUAUGUUCCGUCAUUUGAAAGGUCAUUUGAAUGACAUGCCCGUGUCAAAUGUUGAUCCGAAAAAUCCGGUACCGUGUUGGGGCCAAGGUGAAAAACAUUUCGAUCGAAUGAGAAAUCCAGCUGCCAGCUCUCAGGAAGACGACGACUUGAUCCAAUCUUUGUGUUUCGUGCAAGAAAACAAACGAUUCAUUUGUGGUGCUGCAGGCUGUCGCUAUCUUACGAUAAACGAAAGCAUGCUUAGAAACCAUUUGAGCACUUUACACUCUGACGCGAAAGAUUACAAAUGCCCACAUUGUCCAGCCGUGCAUAUAUUCUCUGGUCAAUUGAACGUUGAUAAACUCUUGGAACAUUUAAUGCUACACGAUAAAGAGUUGUAUCGUUGUAGUAAAUGCGGUAUGUUCCUGAAUAACAAAAAUGCGAUGGAUCGGCAUAUUAACGAAAAGCAUUCAAAGGUUGCCAAUGUAUCGAUUUUUGUCAUCCGUGAUGGAAGCACUGCCGGCAGUGUGUCCAGUGUUGCAGCAGACGACGAAGUCGUUUUUAAAUGGAAAUGCGAUGUGUGCAAGUUCAAAAGCGUAACUAUUUCGGAAAUGCGAACACAUAUGCAGGAAACACAUAACAUCAACGCUAAGUACCGGUGCUCCCGGUGUUUGUUCAGCUCCUCCAAUAAAGCUCAGUUCACUGGUCACUUCGAAAAAGAUCACCCAGGAUGUGAAAUUAUCAUAAUCUCUAUGUAUAAGGCAAUUGAAGGAGAUGAUAGUCGCGCCGAUACAACACCACUGUGGAGAAGGGAGAGUAAUAAAACCAGAAGUAUUCGAGGGAUCUUAGUGGAAGUAGACGAGAAUGAAGACGAUGAUACGGAUGAUAAUAUUGAAGCCGAAUCGAAUGAAUUAGUAUUAGGCGUACAUUUGGCGGAACCUGGUCCAAGUGGUACCAUGAAACGUAAAUCUUCCGAAACUGGUACUAUUGAUUUGCAAGCAAAGCGGGUCAAGUCGGAUGGACCCGUGAUAAAAGCGUUCAAAUGUGGAUUUAAGGGUUGCACUUAUGUCAAUGACUUCGGAUCUGGCAUCGUACUUCAUUUCAAGACAGAGCACCCGAAUGAAAAACCUUCUGUGCUGAGAAAUGCUCUUGCUAGUCCAGAGCAAUCCCGAUUCGAUUAUUUCUUAAAAUACGCUUGCUUCUACUGUGUGAAAAAAGCAGACACGAUACAUGAACUUCUACAGCAUUGGCGGCAGCUGCACAAAAUUAGCGGUCGACGAAGUCAAGAUAAGCCUUUUCUAUUUCGUACUGCUAAAAUUAUUCUUUGCUAUUACUGUCGUAAAGGAGCCGUAAUGCCGGAAAUGAAAUCCCAUUUUGUUUCUUGUCAUGCGGGAAUGCAGCCAAUUUAUUUAGAUUUUCGCAAUCCAAAAAGAUGUGCCGAGUGUGAUUUUGUAAGUGGUCUCAAUCGACUUGAUAUGGUGAAACAUUUCACCGUUGAACAUAAAGAAGAAAACGAAUAUGCAAAAGGUUGGAUCGACUACCUUACCGAUGACGUUCUAGAUAAGAUAUUGAAACUUAAUUGUGUAUCCUACGGUUGCCAGAAGUGUGAUUUUACAACUGAAAGCAACUCGGAUUUUAACACUCAUUUCAGUGUAAAACAUCCAGGUCAGAAUAUCGAGUUCAACGAAUUCACAGUGGAGAAAAAAGUAAUCUACUAUUGCUCAUUUAAUAACUGCAAGCGAGAUUUCUCAAGCGUACAAGACCUUGCUCAGCAUAUUUUGUAUCACGUACCACCGUUCAAGUGUUUGUGUAAUGGCGGGCAAUGCGUGGCACAAUUCAGGACAUUUACAAUAUUACUGCAGCAUUUCCAGACAACUCAUCCACACCAGACACUGCAGUACGCGCUGAAAACUCCCGAUGAGUAUAAGCAGGUAUUGCGUUUGGUGACUAUACAAUUUUGGAACGGAUUCAUGAUGACAAUCGAAGAUGCUCGCCAAGCUGGGAAUCGGUAUGGCAGUUAUGACGGGCUAUUUAAGAUUAUCGAUGAGAUAUGUGCUGAGUCGGUUACAGCAGGAACACGUUUUCUUUCGAUGAGUACACUAGCGUCAUAUUCUGUGUAUGACAGAGUUUUCAACACGUCGUUGUUGGGGCGAAUAGGAUCGAUAAAGCAGAGCAGUGUAACCCGAAAUAAAAAACGCUUGCGCAUUCGGCAUCCUGCUGCCGUAAAGCAGGGCCGCAUUGUCUGCAGUGCGUUAUUGGAGCAACUAGAUGCCUGUUAUGAGGAGCUUAGUAUUGCGAUAAUGGCAGAGUUAGAUGAGCGUGAACGAAUCAACCAGGAUUUGCGAGAAAAGGUUCAUCAACAGUUAAAUGCAGCUCGGGUUCUAAUAGAUAGCUACAAUGGGCCAGAGACGCAGAAAAAACUUAUCGGAGCACAACACUCUAAACUAGAGGGUUUAGUUGUUGAUCGGAACAAGAGAUUAAAAUCUGAUACAUUGCGUAAGCUACUCGAAAGUAUUGAAAUUUUGAUAAAAAAAGUGAAAAAACAAGACAGUUCGUCGGUAAAUACUUCGGAGUCUACAGUUACUAGCACUUCGCAUCCGGAAUCGCCAACCAAAAGUGAUGUUCCUCAACCAGCUACUUCGGAAACAAUCAAAGAAAUUCCAUUAGAGCCAAAUUCUGCUGUCAGUGAAACACUUACGAUCAUAACACCGGUAGUAGAAGAAGUAGCAGCUUCUGUAGAUCAACCUGAACAUCAACUGGCAAUUUCCGUUCCGAGGGAAAUAAUAUCUGAAGAAGCGAAACUCAAACAGAAACCACAAAUUCCAUGGCGAACCCCACUUCGUUUGGAACCGCUACGAGAAGCGUUUAAGAAACCAAAAGAUAAGGAAAAAAAUGCAAAAUAUGAGAGGAAGAAGGAUGCGAAAAAUGAAAGACAUAAUAAUUUUAGGAAACCAAGAGAAGAUAACAUCAGACGAGCUAAGGAAAAAGAGACUCGCAAAGAGAGAGGGCAAAGUUCAAGACAAGAAAUAGAAAAAGAUUUGAGGAAAGAGAGACAAACCAACAAAAACCUAUCGGCGAAUGUACCGAGCUUGCCAUCACCAGAAUCGGAGCGUUUGGCGCUACGAUAUAAGACCAAAAAGCGUCGUGCAGAAGAUGAGCUAACAAAUGAAUCGCAGUUCAAGAAACCAUUCCCCAAAUCAUCGAAGGAACACAACAAACCACUAUUCCAACGACGCCAUCAGCUUCCUCCGGCACAGCCUGUGUAUAGUAGCAAAGACCCACGCAAUUAUGGAGAAUACUGUCAGCGACGUGUAAUGCAAAUGCAAAACCGUGCUCGUUUCGAGAGUCAAAAUCAGCAGUAUUAUAGACACCGCCCCGCUGUGCCGCCAUCUGUGCAGAAAACAAUUGAAACAGCGCACACAUUUGUAUUGCCAGCUCCGAUUCCUCCCACGCCACCAAUAACGUCGGUAAGACCAGAUGGGCGUCCACCAGCUCCGAAGGUAUCUGUGUCGCCAAUAUUUGCACGACCACCACCUCCACGAAUGCCAGUUCCUCGGACAGAGUGCAAAAAGACAAUCAAUCCAGUCUAUUCCAGCGAUGAGCCGAUUCGACUUGGAAAAAAAGAACCGCCAAAGAAAUUUGUUUCACCAGCGAAAUCCGCAGAUAAGCCCAAGGAGGAUGUCUCACCGAAAGCAAACGAGGUGCCAUUGGAUGUCUCACCGAAGGCGAACGAGCCACCUUUGGGUGAUACAAAACUUGAUGAUAAGAAAGGAGAACAAUCUGCAAAGGUCAGUGUUGACAAAUCGCAAGAUGAGAGUAACGUACAAAACGAGAGCAAUAAAUCUGAGGAGGCGGCAAAACAGACCACAAUCGUCGAUAAAGAUGUGACACUCAAUAAAGAGUUGAUGGAUUUGCUGAAAGUUAUUGGAGAUGAUGAGAAAGUCAACCGUAUAUUGGAUGUAAUGAAUAAUAAAUCUGAUAAUGAGUCCGACGACAAGAAUCAGCCAGCCAAAAAAGAGUCCACAACGGCAAAGGAGAAAACUGCCAAGACUAAAAAGUACAAGCGCAUUCGUUCUAAGCUCUACGAGUCAUCGUCUGAGGACGAAGCAAGCCAGAAAGGUGAUGAAAAGAAGGAUAAAUCCAAGACAGGGAAACGUACUACUGCUGGCAGUCGUGAAUUGAGCAUGCUCAUUGAAAACAGCAGUGAAUGGAUGUCGAAGGGUGCUGAAAUUCAGCCUAGUAGAAGACGAGGAACAUCGACAUCGAAGAGCAAUAGUGCAUCGGCGAAGAAAACUGAUUCCAAGCGGUCUUCAAUUACCGAUGCUCUGUCUUCAGACGAAGAUGAUAUGGAGGUGGUCUCCAAAAAGCCAGAAUUAGAGGAGGAAUCAUUGCUGACAGUAGUGAAAGUGGCGCCCGUUUUACCAAAGGGCAAAGCAAAAGCUAAAGAAAUCACCUUCAUAUACAAUGACAAGAAACAGGUUCACUUCAAUAGCAAUUAUUCUAGUAAUUGUGCCCUCUGUUCCUUCAACGGGUCGGCGAUCGUCGAUCACUACGUUUAUGAACAUAAGCAGUAUGAGGUUUUUGUAAGUCGGGUGUCGCCGAAAAUGGCAGAUAUAAUUCGAGCGGAUCCUUUCCUUACUAAUGGGUUGCUGCUGAAUGAAGGCACGGAUGAUGUAAAGAUCCGCUUCAAAUGCUUCCUCUGUCUGACAACGCAAGAGCUUUCUCGCGCUGGUUGGGUGGAGCAUUUGGCAUCGCACACAGGUGAAUAUCGCUACCGCUGUACUAGCUGUCCGGUGAUGUCCCAAACUGAAGAAUUAGCUAGCAAUUUCUUCCAUGAAAAAAACUGUCUAAAGCCAUCAUUGGUUCUGUAUAACAAUAUCGAGUUUCAAGACAAUCAUGUUUAUGGUUUCAUAUGUAAUGUAUGCAACUACAUACAAAUUCGUCGUGUCAACAUGGAACGCCAUUUGAAACGGGAACAUCCAUCGGCUGAUGUCACUUGCAGUCGAUUCAGUAUCGUUAACCACAAGAUUGAAACGAAACCCAUUAUUGAUGAAGAUCAACUGAUGGCUGAUUUAUCUUCUUUGGGCAGUAACAGAAACGCACCUUCAGGAAUAAUUCCAAUGCAAGCAAAGGCCGAACCGAUGGAUGCUUGUGAGAUUGUGAAUCAACCGAUCACUGAAGAGGACGAGCAAUCGAUGGAACCGGUGGCUGGUUCUUUGGCAGCACUUCUUCGACGUGCGGAUAUACGAUUGAAUUCUGUUCACAUUGGACCAGCAGGUGUUUAUGGUCAUUUGGAACAUAGGCCAUUCUCAUUGAAGCUCGAACAGGAGCUGCAAGGUGAGCAAGUUAGCUCAAGUGGUCGUUUUUAUGAAUCACCAAUGUCACCCGAGCCAGGUUUAAUGGAUCAACCCUCCGAGGCGCAAGCUAUUACACCUAUUAUGCAAAUAGAAUCGGUGCAAGGUGGAUUUGACUUCAGUGAUACUUUUCUCAAGAGAGAAAACAACGAGGCUGGUUAUGAUUCGGACGCUAGUGAUAGGACGGAUAUUUUUGAUUUAUCUGAUGCUACCGAUAAAGGACGACAAGAAGAAGAGAAAGCUGGGGAUAGUGGAAAAAAUACUAACGAAAGCUCCGGUAAAGGGGGAUCUGAAGGCAACUCUGGACAAGACUCUUCAAUUAAUGGAGGUGGUGAAGGAUCCUCAUCCACAGGAAGUGGAAAUGGUACUGGGGGAGCAGCAGGAGCCGGUGGAGACGAUGGUGAUAAGGGCAAGAAAAAUGAUCUUCCGAUUUCCGUUAAGAUUAAAGUUGAAAAAGAAGAUGAUGACGAGGAAGAAAAGAAAAAGAAAGAGGCAGCGGAACAGGCUGCUGCGAUCGAAAAAGUUGUUAUCAAAACGGAGAAGCUAGAUGAGAUCGACGAUGAUCAACCGACAAUCGAAGAUAAAUACGACUUUGUCGAACUCGUGUUGGAUAGUACUCGUAUCGAGCACGUUGCUUACCUCGAGCGUCAGUCGGAUAUUUUACAUCUAUGUCUAAUGCCUGGAUGUCAAUACAUUUCGAAAAAGGCUCCGAAUUUCGUUAGUCAUGUAUCGAAAAGACACAGUCAUGUGGUUUGGGAUGGUUAUUGCCACCCGUGCCAAUCGCAAAUUGUUAUCAUGGAUAAUUGCACAAUCGCCAAUGAGUUGCAGCAUUUGCUAGAGGUUCAUGCUCGUAGAAAAACUCCUACACAAGAAGUGGCAGAUAUUCGUCCUCCAGCCUCUAAUGUGAUUCGUAUUCGCAAAAUGCCAGGUGACACGUUAUCCGCAGGAGAAUCAAAUCCUCCUCCAUUAGCACCGAUACUGUCACAAGUUGCAUCCCUUGUUCCUGGACCUUCCUCCAUUGUCAUGGGUCAGCAAGGACCAAUGCUUAUCCAGCCCAAUGCUCCUGUCGCUCUGGGAAAUAACACGAUGAUUACUCCGACACACACAAUCCCAGCACAAAUCAGACCGAUUGCGUCUAACCCUACCAGCGCGAUGAUGCCCAUAAACAGUUCUCAAUCGGUAUCAGCAAACUCCAACGUAUCAUCGAUGGCCAAUCUUCGUAUAACCACCGUCCGAUUGAAACCCUGGACUAAUAUGGUAACAACGAAAAAUCAGGAACACUGUCGCAACAUGUUGGAAGAAAUAAGUCUCCUCUGUCUGUAUAAGUGUAUGGCUCGGUCCUGUGCUUUUACAACCAACAACCGAUACUUCAUGGAUCAACACUUGAGUCUGCACGAAAGUAGAUAUGUCCCGGGCCCCGGUGCACCCAGGAAAUGUUGGUUGGAGUGUGCUUACUGCGAACUGAUUGCCCCGAACUAUAGUAUGCUGUUGAUGCACAUCGAUUCCGACCAUUCGAGCUGUGGAUUUCAGUGCAAUUUGUGUUUCUACCGAAGUAGAGAUCCUACAAACGUCGUGGUACAUCAAAAGACCUACCAUCCGACGACUAGCGCUUCGAAGAAGAUUCUAAUUAUGCCGGACAACCUCAGAAGCUUUGGCGAUGACGAGUGGAGAGCAAUGCAGGAUUCAUUGCGGAAGAAUGUACUACCGCUGCACUGUACGAUAUGCAAGGAAUCAUACUACAUCCUAUCGGCGUACAUGACUCAUUUAGCCGGUCAUACGCAAAGCUUUGUCUGUUGUCAGGUGUGUAAUCUGAACAUCGAUAAGAAAAGCAUGGCGCGACAUCUACUGCUGCAUUCAAUUGGUUUGUACGAAUGCGUUUACUGUCUGUUCGGAGCCAACACCAAGUCUACAAUGGCACUGCACGUUAGUAACGCUCACUGCUCUAAACCUUUGUACUGUUGUGUCCGUUACAAUAAAAAGAGACCCGAUGGCGUGGAUUACCCUCCAAACAAGAUUGAGUCCAUGGAGUUGAAGACAAUGAGUUGCACAGUUUCUCCGGAUCUUUUCAAAAGAUGUAACUAUACCACGGAAAUGUUGAACUACAAACCGACCGAUCUUAACAUGAAUCAAACGAUGUCGUAUCCAAAACCGGUGCAGAGAGUAGUUUCGAACGCGGUUGCUACUACAGCCACUAAUGCAUCAUCGUCAAAUCCCGCGGCUAACAUUCAAAUCCAGAUAACGGAUGAAGCUGGUCGCCCACUGAUUAUUUCCAUUCCGGUUCAAAACAGUGCUCCUAAAUCGACGGGAGCACCUGCACCCAACACACAACCUCCUCCGGCUGCUGUUGUACCUUCUACUGUUCAAAUGCCAAUGAUAACAACGGUACAAGGUGGUGUACCAGCAAUAUCGCAACCAGCUCCGCUUCCGGUCAUCAGUAGCGUACAAGGAAUGGCAACGCUUCCUCCAUUAACCGCUAUUCAACGUAACGACAACCUCCCAAUCAUCAGUAACGUUCAGAGUGUUGCUCAAUCGUCCAACAGACAGUCGGCGGGAUCACCCAAUUUGCCAUCAUUAACCACAAUCGGUGCUGGCGGUAUGGUUAACAUACCAAACAUUCCAGGUAUCACAAUAACAGCUAAACCGGCUACGACAUGUAGUGUAACUUCUAGUUCAUCUGCUAGCACUCAGUUGAGUUCUACUGGAGCUCAGCCAAUGGUAUCACUGGCGGACAAUAUUUCGUCAACAACUUCGGCAAACGCCGAUUCAUCAGUCGCAUUCGAAGCAGGAAGUGAUAUGUAUACAACAACGGUAGCCGAGGCAGAUACACAGUCAACGAAUAACGAUAUCGUUUCCGUUGAGUCAGAUGAUGAUUUUAGGACGGGGACUAGUAAAAGCAGCACUCCAGUACAAUCACAAUCUCCCGGUCUAGGUGGUUCAAAAGAAACAUCACUAACGAAGAAACUUUCUAGUACGACUCAGAUUCGGAUUGAUUUCCUGUUCAAGGGAAGUAUUGAGCGAUUUGACCGAUUGGAGAAGAAGGCCAGUCAAAUGAUUAAACAUACUGGUUUUUGCGGCCAGGAGUUGAAUGUGUGCGGAGUGGACAAAUGUAACUGUCGUUUUACCGAUCCGGUUAAGCUUAAUUUGCAUCUUUUGAAGCAUCACAAUGUGUCUACUUAUAACUGUUUCCACUGUAAAGAUCGGUUCAAGACAGCACAUGAAUUGAUAACACACAUUAAAACGCAUGGACGACAUCGGUACAUGUGUUUCCUGUGCGAUCGGAAGAGUCAUUUUCUAAAGAUGAUGAUAUUGCACGUCCAACAUGAUCACAACAGCACGGAUGUUAUUUUGACAUACUUGCAUCCCAAGAAACGCGACAUACACAACGAUUUGGUUGUUAUCUGUCCACAGAACGUGACAACAUUGCAAUUGCAAAACUACAUUGAUACUAUUCUGAAGGAGGAUGGCUCUGCGACGGAGAAGAAAUAUUUCAGUCCUGCUGAAAUCGAUAGGCUACCACCACAGGACAUAUACCUGGAGGAUGUUUUCUGUUCCACUUGUGAUUAUUCUACGAAGAUUAGGAAAAAUAUGAAGCGGCAUCUUGAGCGGCAUAUGGAGUCUCCUGGGCAGACUUUGAUGCUACCUGCAAAGCAGGAACUCGAAGAUCCGCUAUCAACUACUGCCGAUGAAUUACCCCUGACUGUUCCACAAACAAUUGCCCCUGGUAAACUCUACCAGUGCGGCAUAUGUAAGUUUGACUGCCCACCAGUCUUGGCUGACUUUCGUGCGCAUCUUUACAGAAUGCACCGACAGGAAAAGGUUUACAAAUGCUCUCACUGUGAAGCAACACUGAAUGACGGUUUCAUUUGCAUUGACAAAAUUGUUAAUCAUCUCAAGCUGCACGGAGAAAACUUGUACAAGUGCAGUGAAUGUAAUUUAUAUCGUGAUGAAAAACAGCUGAUAACGACUCACAUCAAGCAUAAUCACGCGCCAGGAACAGUGGUGACGGUUGUUCGAGAAGCGAUUUCCAGCGAACAGCCCGAAUGGCAGUGCGAUCUGUGCGAAACAAUACGUCGCACUCGCGAAGAAAUCAUAGAUCACAUGACAGCUGACCAUAAGUUGACCGACAGUCAAUUCAAAUGUUCUCUAUGUUCAUAUAAAUCGUCAGAUUAUGACUCAUUUAAAACCCAUUUUUCAGAGAAUCACCCAAAAAGUGAAAUACUGAUUAUAUCACUAUUUCAUGAACUUCCUUCGACUGCUGCUCGCAAAGUUAAGAGCGAUAUAACACCGGUUUUAGAGCAAGUAGCCGCAAAUGCAAAUGACGGAAACAAAAAGAAAAAGUUUUCUUGCGGUAGUGAUAGCUGCUCGUAUUCUUCAACUGAUCUGGAAUGGGCGAAACGACAUUUUCUCACCAGUCAUCCGGAUCAAACAUUAGUUGUGUAUGAUGAAUCGAUCACCGAAAAAGAGAAACGAAAACGAUUCGACUAUUUCGUGAAGUAUGUAUGUCAUCACUGUCAAAUGCAGUGCGAAACGAUCGACGACGUUGUUGAGCACUGGUGUCGGAAGCACAAUGCCGAUGAAAAAACUCCGCUGAUGUACAAACUAUUCAAACUUGUUCGUUGUUUCUACUGCGACAAGCUAUCGUCAUACUACGACAUCAAAAUGCAUGCCACGGUGAGCCAUCCUGGUCAAACAUUUGCCUGCGUGGAUCACCAAAAUGUGUUCAAAUGUGGCGAAUGUCCAUUUGUGUUAACCGGAAUGAAAAUCGAUUUACUAAAGCAUUUCAAAAUUUAUCAUAGCGCAAGCAAAAACGAGGAUCCGUGUGAUUACAUCGAUGACGAGUUUCUCCAUCGAAUGUUAGAGCAGAAUAACACUUUGUACACAUGUAACCACUGCAAGGUGGUCUUUGAUAGUCGUUUUGAGUAUGAGAAUCACAUCGAUGUAUGUUCAUUUGUCGGUCUGCCUUCUAGUUUUUCAUCUAGCUCAAAAUCGGUACGUAUCCGCUAUAUUUGUAGUUGUUGCAACGAUAUGUUCGGAGACGAGUAUAGCAUCGCUAAGCAUAUGCGAUCGCAUCUGGCUCAGUACAACUGUCGCUAUUGUAAGCGAGAAUUUAAAAAACUUACUCAUCUGGAUCAACAUCAAAUCGUGCUGCACCACGCCGCUGACAACGAUUUCAUACUUAAAGAUUUAAAUCAGUAUCGAAAUCUUUUCCUUAAAAUCAGAAUGCUUUUUCCCAAUGGUCUACUAUUGAGUAAAGUAGACGCUUACCGAACAGUGUGCGGUUCUGUCGAAGACAUUAUAAAUUAUGCUCGUAACAUUAACGAUGAAGAAUUAAAUCAGUUAAUGUUCAAUCGAGCCAUCGAUACGCCAUUGCGAUACGUUAACAGUUCAGGAGAGCUGACAUACCAGACAUGCAAAGAGUUCCUGUCCACUCAACCAAAAAUGGUUCUGCAGUUGGAAAACCUAGACGAUGAGCAGUUGGAGCAGAUCAAGGAGCAGGUGUAUCUGCUUGCAGUUACAAGCGGAACGCAAUGUCAGGGUGUUGCUGCGAGCGUUAAGCGGAAACGUGGUAGACCGAAGAAGUACAAUCGAAUGAGUUCAAACUCGGAAACUGAUGACGAGAAUGAUGACGACUGGCAGCCUGGAACGAAGCGGAUGAACCUAAGAGUAAAGACAUCCAAACCAGUCACCAGAGACAUGGUAGCAACCGAUUCCGAAUCGGAUGAUGAAUUUCUGAUCAAUUUGAAGCAGGAACGUUUGUAGGAUGUUUUUCAUUUUAAUUAUUCAUUUAUCUCAGUUUUCAAGCUGAGCAAAAGAGAGAAAUCUUGUGUGUAAGAAGUGAUGUUAGUAUUGAAACAAUAAAUAAGGAUAAAACAUA